AUGGGUCAUUCGAUACCACCCCUCAACGACAAGUCUCUUCUGAAGAGCCAGACCUAUGUCAAUGGAGAAUGGAUAGACGCAAAGUUGGGCAAGAGCUUUGAGGUUCAUGACCCAGCGACAGGCAAGCUCAUUGGCACCAUGCCUGAGAUGGAUCGCGCCGACACCGAGGCCGCCAUUGCAGCUGCCGCGGCUGCCCUCCCCUCUUUCCGCAAGCUCACAGGCCGGGAGCGCUCACGCAUGCUACGAAAAUGGUACCAACUCAUCAUCGAUAACGCCGACGAUUUGGCGAAGCUCAUAACCUGGGAGAAUGGCAAGCCCAUUGCAGAUGCAAAGGGAGAGGUCAACUAUGCUGCGAGUUUCUACGAAUGGUUUGCUGAAGAGGCACCGCGAAUGUAUGGAGCUACCAUCCCAGCAUCGGUUGCGGGAAACAGGGUCUUCACAAUCAAAGAACCAGUUGGCGUCGUCGGAUUAAUAACACCAUGGAACUUCCCUGCAGCCAUGAUUACAAGGAAGAUCGGACCUGCUCUCGCAGCUGGUUGUACAGUGGUAGCCAAGUCGCCUGGCGAGACGCCCUUCACUGCCGCUGCUCUCGCCGAGCUUGCACAUAGAGCGGGAAUUCCCAAGGGUGUAGUGAACUUUGUUACUGCGCUCAAGAAUACGGCUGAAGUAGGUGAAACCAUCACAUCAAGCAAAACCGUCAAGAAGGUCUCAUUCACAGGCUCCACCGGUGUUGGUAAGCUCCUGAUGAAGCAAUCUUCAGAAACACUGAAGAAGCUCUCCUUCGAAUUGGGUGGAAACGCACCCUUUAUCGUCUUCGACGACGCCGAUCUCGAGACGGCGGUGACUGGAGCCAUUACCUCCAAGUUCCGUUCAUCAGGUCAGACGUGUGUAUGCGCCAACAGGAUCUACGUACAAUCUGGCAUAUACGAUGAGUUCUGCACCAAAUUCACCGAAAAGGUCAAGGCCUUCAAGGUUGGCGGUGGCUACGAAGAAGGCAUCACACAUGGCCCUCUCAUCCACGACCGCGCUGUCUCCAAGGUCGAUGCACAUGUUCAAGACGCUGUCAAGAACGGUGCAAAGGUUCUUUUCGGCGGUCAGAAGCUCCCUGAUCUUGGAGAGAACUUCUACCAGCCUACUGUCCUCCGUGACAUGACCAAGGACAUGCAGCUCGCUAAAGACGAGACUUUCGGUCCCGUAGCCGGUCUCUUCCCAUUCGAAACCGAGGCAGAUGUCAUUAAGCUUGCUAAUGCGGCUGACGUGGGGCUUGCAGGCUAUUUCUUCAGCAAAGACAUCCAGAGAGUUUACAGAGUGGCUGAAGCGUUGGAGGUUGGUAUGGUCGGUGUCAACACAGGUCUCAUCUCGGAUGCUGCCUCACCUUUCGGCGGUGUCAAGGAAAGUGGGUUUGGGCGAGAGGGAAGCCAUCUGGGCAUUGAUGAGUACAUUGUCACAAAGACGAUAACUUUGGGUGGCAAUGGACAGCCUCUGCAAGGCGAGUAG